AUGGCUGAAGCAAAGUCAGCAACGGGCAACACCAAGCCCGUGUCUGAGCGCAAUGACUCCAUCCAAGCCGACGUCCUCGCCGCAGAGGCCGCCCAGGCCGCACGCGCAGAGCACGAGAUGAGCCUCUGGCAGGCCGUCAAGACGUACCCCAAGGCGAUUGGCUGGUCGAUGCUUGUGAGCAGCACCCUCAUCAUGGAGGGCUACGACCUGGCCCUGCUCGGCAACCUCUACGCUUCGCCCGUCUUCAACAAGAAGUACGGCGUCUGGAGCGAGGCCAACAACAAGUACCAGAUCUCGGCGGCGUGGCAGUCAGGCUUGUCCAACGGUGCUCGCGCGGGCGAGAUCAUCGGGCUGAUUAUCGCUGGUUGGAUCACGGAUCGAUACGGAUCCAAGAUGACCACGAUUGGUUUCCUCGUCAUGAUGAUUGUCACCAUCUUUGCUCUGUUCUUCGCCCCCAACAUUCAGAUCCUUGUUGUUGGAGAAGUCCUGUGCGGCAUCCCGUGGGGCGCAUUCCAGAGCGUAGCUGCUCAGUACGCAUCGGAGGUUGCGCCAGUGGUCCUCCGCCCGUUCCUCACGACAUAUAUCAACAUGUGCUGGGUCAUGGGUCAGUUCUUCGCGGCUGCUGUUAACCGUGGAUCCGUCGACUUCACAGACUCGCGUGCCUACCGCAUCCCCUUUGGCGUGCAAUGGCUGUGGCCAGUCCUGAUCCUCUCAGGCCUUGUGUUUGCACCAGAAUCCCCAUGGUGGUAUGUCCGCAAAGGUCGCCGCGACGAAGCGCGCGCGGCACUCGUGAGACUCACGAACAAGGACCAGCCUGGCUUCAACCCCGACGAGACCAUCGCCAUGAUCGAGCACACCAACGAGAUGGAGCGUAGGGCCAAGGACGGCACGACCUACAUGGACUGCUUCAAGGGGAUCGACCUCCGCCGCACCGAGAUCGUGGUGGGCAUCUGGACCGUCCAGACCCUCGGCGGCCAGAACCUGAUGGGCUACUUCAGCUACUUCCUGACGCAGGCCGGCAUGAACACCCGCAACUCCUUCUCCCUCUCCAUGGCCAACUCGGCGCUGGGCAUGGUCGGCACGGCAGGCUCGUGGUUCCUCAUGUCCAAGAUCGGCCGCCGCAGCAUCCACUUCAGCGGCCUCUGCACCCAGCUGCUCAUCCUCGUCAUCGUCGGCUCCCUGUCGUUCGCCAAGACCAACGCCUCCGUCUGGGCCAUCGGCGGCAUGCUGAUUCUCUUCACCUUCGUGUACGACUUCACCGUCGGGCCCGUCACCUACUCGCUCGUGUCGGAGCUGUCGUCCACGCGGCUCAAGGCCAAGACCAUCGUGCUCGCGCGCGCGGCGUACAACGCCAGCAACAUCUUCGUCAACGUCAUGACCAACUACCAGCUCUCGUCCACGGCCUGGAACUGGGGCGCCCGCGCCGCCUUCUUCUGGGCCGGCACCUGCCUGCUGUCGUGCGUCUGGGUCUUCUUCAGGCUCCCGGAGCCCAAGGGACGCACGUACGCCGAGCUGGAUAUGCUGUUUGAGCAGCGCACUCCCUCCAGGAAGUUCGCUUCUACACAUGUCGACCCGUACAGGGCAGAGGCAACAGACGCUAAGAUUAAGGUGCAGCAAGAGGAGGCAAUCUAA